UUAAAAUUUAUUAGAGGUGGACAAUGAGGAAUAUAAAACGACAAAUUGACAACUUCCCGAUUGAUGACUCUUAUCUUAAUGUUUCUAGGAUUAGAAUAUUAAAAUAAAAACUAAAAAUAAAAAGAGACUUCCCCAACAGGAUAAUAAUAAUGUAAUGAGUAAUAAUAAUAAAACCCCUCCCAUUUUAAGUUCCCAAAUCUGUACCCAAUUGCUUCCCCUUGCUUUCAAGCUCUACCAUUCAUACAUGGGCAAAUCCCUCAACCCCAGCAAACGUCAAAAGCUGAUAGCCCACUACGACCACCGCCACCUCCAAGAACAGCCUCUAAUACCAGGCCUGCCGGACCACGUGGCAGAGCUCUGCCUCUCUCGUGUUCACCCUUCUUUGCUUUACUCCGUUUGCCGUUCAUGGCGUCGCUUAAUCUACUGUCCCUUUUUCCCUCCUUUCCGCUCUCUCUACGCUCUAUUCUUUUCAUCGUCAGAUAAUGAAAUCCAGUUGUUGAGCUUCGAUCCGAUGUCGUCUAGGUGGGAAACGGUUCCUCCGCCCCCUAACCCUCUUCGUCUUCUUGUUCAUCACCCCUCUUUUUUAUGCCGGAAUCUCCCUGUUCAAUCCAUUUCCGUGUCGGGUAAUCUUGUUCUUUUAGCAGGAACUGCCCCCAAUUUCAAUCCAGCCAUUUCUCGCCCCCUCAUAUUCUCUCCACUAUCUUGUUCAUGGAGUUUGGGUCCUCCAAUGGCGACUCCGCGCCGCUGGUGUGCAGCGGGGGCAUCGGGUCCAACCGUUUACGUUGCCAGUGGGAUUGGGUCUAACUUCUCCACCGACGUGGCGAGAUCUUUGGAGAAGUGGGACUUGUGGGAGGAGGAUGAAAUGGAUGAUUUCAGAUGGAAGAAGAUGAGACAACUGAAAGAUGGGAGAUUCAGCACAGACGCCAUCGACGCCGUUGGUUGGCGACAGAAGCUUUGUAUGGUGAACGUGGCUAAACAAGGGACUCUUUACGACGUCACUAAUGACAUAUGGGAACAGAUGCCGGAGGGGAUGGUGGGUGGUUGGAGAGGACCCGUUGCCGCCAUGGAUGAGGAAGUUCUAUAUGCUGUGGACGAAGAUAAGGGAUUACUCACGAGGUAUAACCAAGACAGCGAUAAUUGGGAGGUGAUAAUGGAGGUAGAGAAUCUUAGAGGGGCAUGCCAAAUGGCCGCCGCUGGAGGAAUAUUAUGCGUUAUUUGUGGCGAUGGGGAGAUUCUAGUCAUCGAUGUGGUGGCGGCGCCACCCAAAUUCUGGACAGUCCAAAGGCCGGCGGAGUUGGAACCCUUGGCAGUUCAUAUCUUGCCCAGGCUGAGCCGCCUGGAUUUUUAAUUGCCGACAGUAAGCUGACCUCCUCAAGCUUGGAAUAAUCUUUAACUAAGGAGAUAUUUUUUAAUCAUCGAAAGUGAAAAUUUGUCGAUUAAUGAUAUAAAAAGCAGUGGAAUGAUGUAUUUUUUUUCAUUUAUAUAUUAUUGAUUCUCGGAAGGCAUACGGAAGCUUUGAGAGCCAUGAAAUCUUGUGGAACUAUUACAACAUUUGAAAGGCCAUAUUUAUUUGAGGCUGGGAAAGUGAAAGUUUGUCCACAUUUUGGGGGAGGAAAAGUGGUUGAACCCUUUAACAAA